AAAAUUAUCCAAUAUAAAUAAAUCUCAAAGAAAGAGCUGAAAGCAAAACCAAACGACACAGAUACACACCAAUCCUCGUCGUUCCACUUCCUCCAUUGUAACCUUCCAAACCCUAGUUUACCAUCAGAGUUCUCCAUUUUCUGCUGUCAACUUUCCAUACUCUCUUUCUUCUUUCCAACUCUCUUUGAUCUAUCAAUUUUACCCAAUUUCUUCUCCCAAAUCCUGGGCUGCGCUGUUCCCAAUCUUUUAAUUAUUUCGAAUUUGCACCCCCCCCCCCCCAAUUAUUUUUUUGCUUUCCAUUUCUGGUUUUAGGAGGGAAUUGUCGACCGCCGAACGACAGAGGAGCUCGAAUUUUAUCGUUUUGACCUCGUGAUCUGAAGAGGAAUCUCCGUUUUUUGGGUUAGUUGAUAAUGACAUAUCGGUUUGCAAAACAUUGAGCUAUGGAUCCUGAAAGCAAGAAAUUUGGAUUAGGGGAUAGGGAGCUGACUGGUGCUGCUGAUCUCAUAAGUCACUUCAAGUUGUUGCCCCAUCAUGAUUUUUUCUGCAAGCGAUCACUUCCUUUAUCAAUUUCAGACAGUCAUUAUCUUCACAAUGUGGUUGGGGACACAGAAAUCAGAAAAGGAGAAGGGAUGCAAUUGGAUCAACUUAUUCAAAGUACAUCAUUUUCUAGAGAUACAAACGCAAGGAUACAGCCAUUUGACUUAGAUGUCCUCAGAGAGGCCUUUCAACUGAGGGAAACUUCUCCUGUUGAGUUGCCUUCUGCAGAGAAGGGGACUCCAACCGUUGCUGGGAAAUCGAAAAGUGAUUCUAAAGACAAGGAGAGGAAGCAUAAAAAGCACAAAGACAGAGAUAAGGAGAAGGACAGAGAACAUAAGAAGCGCAAGCACCGUCACAAAGAUCGAAGUAAGGAAAAAGACAAGGAUAAGAAGAAGGAUAGGAGUGGGCAUCAUGAUUCUGGUACCGACCCAUCAAAGAAACACCAUGAGAAGAAAAGGAAGCAUGAUGGAGAUGAAGAUCUUAAUGAUGCUCAAAGGCAAAAGAAAAGUAAGCAUAAGAGCUCAAAGAUUGAUGAAGUGGGUGCAAUAAAGGUAGCAGGCUGAAGAAAUGGCAUACUAUAGUUCUUUUGUUGUCUCAGAUGGUUGUUGUUGGGAGUUUGGAGGGUUUUCCAUUUGAAGGAUGUCAAAUAGCUUGAGGUAACAGAUUAGAACUGACUAAAGAAUGUUAUGGUGAAUUCACCAGAGAAGUGUGUGGAUACAAGUUUUUAUGGCGCAUUGGAUAUCUCAGCCUUUACACAUUAUUGUAACCUUUUUCUACAUCCCUUUUAGAAGUCCAAAGUUUAGUUUUAUGAUCAGUUUAAAUUGUGGGUUUGCCACUUUGAAAUGUAGGAAGAUUGGAACAAGAAAGGAAUUGUGAAUGUCGAUUCCUUUCUGCCCCAUGAGAAAUUACAAACAUGUCCCAGUUAAUCAAAAUGGUUGUAGGGGCCUGGUUAUUUGUUUUCUAACAUGACUGAUGAAUUAGCAAGUUUAUAUGGCAAACAUUCUUUGUAUAUAAGUAAGGUUAGUUAUGUCAUAAAGGGGAUCCUUUUUCUUUA